AUGCUAACGCGGUAUCCUUGCGUGCGCUGCAGGCCAAAUUGCCCGAGAAGGGCCGGCGCAUGGUGAGAUGAGUGGUUCGGAUAACAUUAAACGGGCGGUAAAAGGCGAUGGCAGAAACGGCGGCAAUGUCGAGCAAACAACUAGGGGCGAGACCAAACGAAACGAAACAAAACCGCCGCGGCGGGGACAAUAAGAAAUCCCGAAAGGUAUAUCGGGUGAGUUGCACUUACGCAUCGACGGCUUCAUUGAGCUUGUAUCCGGCGUUCUUCAGGUACUAUUCGGAAGCUUGUAGUCAGCAUUCCAUUCCGUCUUCAAAAUCCAACAGCCCGGUGGGCGGUCUCGUCUUCCAUCAGCUGCCCCUCCCUUCCCCGCCAAGGCAGCAUCGCGUCGAUGCCCAGUCAAGCUCCAGCUACCAGACGGCACAACGCAACGCAGCGCAACGCAGAGUAGCGGCGCACGACAGGCUUCGAGGUUUCGCCGCCAAUUCAACAGCGCGGUCCACGCCUUGCGAAGCCGAGGACGACGACGAGAAAUUGGGAAAGCGCAUGCGAGGAGGGCAAGAUAGACGAAAAACCGAGGCCGCGACAACGAGAGCCACGACGCUAUUCUUCUCUUGGACUCACCCGUUGUGCAGUUCUGUCGCUUGCACCGGUCAACUGAACGAACUGGGUGUUCACCGCCUUCUGGGAGGUCGACGUCGGCGCCAUUGUGCUUGCAGCAGUUCUGCCCCCGUCUGGUUAUGGCCUUGUUGCCCAAAACUGCUUUCUUGGUUCGGAUGUGGGUUGAGAGAGUCGCGUGACGCAAUCGGCCGCUUUCAAGAGUCGGUAACGAUGCGACGAAGAACGGUAUCGGCGAUAGGGCAAUGCGCUUCGAGGCAGGAAGGAAGAGGUCGAAGGUAAGCCGCUUGUUGAGGAGACGACACGAUGUUCGUGCAGGUCAGACGUGACGGGGUGCGUGAGAUUGAAAGUCGCCGUUGCAGUGGUGUGGUCAGUGGGAAGGGAGGAAGUAAGGUGGUGGAAACGAGCUUCGGAGGGGUGGGAGGAAGCAAGGCUGAAGCCGAGAUGGUGGGGUAAGAGCCAACGAGCGAUGCCUUCCAGUUUGGUUGCUGAAGGUCUUCCUGUCUAGGAAUGGCGGGGCACUCUGUGUUUUUUUUUUAGCGGUAAGGCUCUCUCUCUUUCUCACCUUGGUGGGUGACCAAAGGACUGCUCAGUGAUCACCUCACUUAAAAAGGUGCUGUAGGUUCAAUGGCGGGCCGUCGACGGCGGGAAGUGGGACCCUCCGACCGCAAGAGCCCGCAUCUUUGACCCCGCCUUCCUUAUUAGGCCUCAUCUAAGAGGG